AAAAAACAGUUGUUUUCUCAUCGUCUUGUCACAGCCGAGCAGCGGUUUCUUCCUUUUUUUUUAUAAAAAAAAAAUUAUAAUACACGUGAGUCCUUGCACUCUACACAAAUAAUUCUGCGUGAAAUUUUAAAAUCAACAAAAAUAAUCUUAAACAAUAAAAAAAAAUCAUAUUACAAGCAACCAAAUUCAAGACAAAAAUUCCAACACACAAAAAAAAAAAAGAGAAACAAUUCACAUUUUUUGAUUGUGCAAAAGAAGGGCGUAAUAGAAGAAGAAAAAAAAAGUUUUGCCAAAUCGAAGUCCACGAAGGAAGAAAUGCUAAUUCCAGCAGCGAACAACUUCGCCAAACAAAUUGUCUAAAGACUAAAAAACAAAAUAAAUUCCUAAUCCACCAGCAGCGACUUGCUCCACUUCCAAAUCAUGAAUCGCAAAAGUCUCUAUGUCACCUUCGUGGACUCACUCGGUCCAUAUCUGAAAAUCUGUGGACAAUUGAAUCCAGAUGCAAUGCGCAUUGUACGCACCAAAAUCCAGACGGUGUUGCCAACGUGCUUCACGACGAACGCUUGCAACAUGCAGGCGGGGGCCAUGUGUCUGGCGAAGCGCUACGACGAGAUCUGCCGAGCUCGGAUUACGGCUGUGAUGAAUGCGGAAAAUGUGCUCCAAGUCGAAUAUAUCGAUUAUGGUUAUAUGGUUCUUGUUAAAGCCAAUGAGGUGUUCAUUCCACAAAUCCCAGAUACUCUGGAACAAAUACCUCCAUUAUGUUCGACUUUUAUUAUGCUUGGUGUUCUAUCCGAGUGGAGCAAGGACGAUCUACAAGAAAUCACUCGAUUAAUUGUACAUCAAAAUCUUGAGAUUUCAAUUGAUAUGGAACUCAAUCAAUUCAAAUUCAUUCAAAUGAAAUGGAGAGAAUUCAAUUUCGCCGAAUAUCUUAUACUUCAGAAAAAACUCGGCGCACCAGUCCAAAAUGAGAUUCUACGUGAUAAUUUUAUUCGACUUAUAAAUAAGUCAUUAUAUACUAUGCCACCAGCAGCGCAAGGAAAUACGCUUAUGAUAUGCAACAACAAUAACAAUAAUAUAUCCAUGUAUACUAAUAGAGAAAUUAUAUUUAAAAAUCCUGUACGACCAACAACUUAUUCAACAUCAAUGAACACUUCUGCCAGGUAUCCAAAUGCAUUUGGUAGCUUCCAUUCAAUACCUCAAGGAGGCUAUGUACAACAACAGCAACAACCAACCAUCCGGAAUCCCUACACAAUGCCAACAACAAAAGAUCUUUCCCCAAGGUACAUUCGACCAACUCCCCCUGCACCAUUGGAGGCACAGCGUUCCCCCAUGAAACGUGGCCAGGCAACAUUCAAAUCAAACACAUUAGCCGUAGGUAACACCUACGAAGUGUGCUGCAGCUUUGUCGAGAACGGUCCGUGUCUCUUCUCCGUCCAACUGAUGACCGAACAAAGUAAACUUACCGACAUGAUGACUCGCAUAGAAACUGUACAACUCAAACCGUUCUCUGACAAACCAACUCUCGGUACAGCUUGCAUUGCUCGCUACUCCGAAGAUGGUCAAUUGUACAGAGCUCUAAUAACGGGAGUCCAACCAACUGCAUGCAAAGUUACUUACAUUGAUUAUGGCAAUGCUGAGAUUGUCCAGUUUCGUGAUCUCUAUGAAAUUCCCGAAGAAUAUUUAUCAAACAAAGCUUUUGCUAUACGAUUUACACUCUCUGGCUAUAAAGAACUCGAACCUAUAGAUGAGAGUUUGAAGAAAGCCUUCAAGGAAAUGGUACUCUUUAAGAAUUGCACUUUGAAGGUGAUGCCGCUGGAGGGUCCCCCACUUGUGCAAUACUGUGAAUUGAAAGUAAGUGAUAAAAAUGUUUUGGAAACACUGAGACAAAUUCAGCGCUGCCGGUUGGUGUUCCCCAAAGCUGAUGGACUUGUUAACAAUGAUGUUGUUGAGAUUCGUUACAUAGACUCGCCGAAACAUUUCUAUGUUCAAAAGAUCUCCAACAUUGAGGAAUUUGAAAAAAUGAUGGAUGAUAUGUUUGUGUAUUACAACAAGAAGCAAGUUGUCCCCAAUCAUCUAUCCAUUGGUACACCCUGCAUGGUCAAAUAUGAUAACGAAUGGUAUCGGGCUGAAGUUAUGCGAGCCGAUGGCAUGACAAUUGUUGUGAGACACGUUGACUUUGGUUAUGAGCAAAAGGUCACGAAGAAUCUCUUGAGCACUGUAUCCGAAAAACAUUUGAAACUGCCUCGUCAAGCGAUUCAUUGCUGCCUCAAGGGCUUCGAAAACAAUGAACUGACUCGAGAUUUAGCAACAGUUCAGUUUGAAAUGUUGGCAGAAGAAUCAAAUCGUACUCGGCGUUCAUUUACGGUUAAGGUAUUCAGAGUUCAACCGAAUGGUGCUUUUCUAGUCAACCUUUGUACGAAAGAUUUAAAUGUCAUGAAGAAGCUUUACAAGUUGAGUAUGCCAUUUGAUCAGUAUAUUUCCAUGGAAAAGGAUGAAUUUAAUUCAGUUCCAAAUGGUCAUGAGAAGCGACCUCAGCAUCAACAACAAUCACAUCCACAACUUGCUAUACAACAGCAACCGCAGCAGCAACAACAACAACCAAUGCAACAUCAACCUUUAGAAGCAAAAAAAUCAGGAAAUUACUUAAAUUCUACAGCAUUGCCGAGUGGCGAGGAGCGAUAUGCUAACCGGAACUCGCAGGCUAGUAAUAUGUCGUCCAUUGAAUGGGAUAAGAAUAGUCAGAGCUCUGUUGAAAACAGAGACUCAAGGUCGAGUUCCAGUGAGCAUAAAACUCGCCGUUAUCCACAGCAUCAACCAGUGCAAUUGAGAGGAAAUAGAGAUCAGCGAUCGGAUCGCUUGAAUAAGAGUACGAGUUCCAGUGACAAAAGAUCUAGUUACGAUGAAAAUAGAAAGGACAAGACACCAUACAACAAGAAUAAGACUUUACCUCCACGGUUCUUGAAUGCUAAAUUGCAACAGGAAGCUAUUUCGGAAAAUAGACGUCAACCAAAAGGCAACCAACAAAAGGGUCAAGACCGCCCACUCUACUCCGCAGAAGGAAAUUCUCAAUCGAAAAAGCAAAACUCAGCCUCAUCUUCCCAACGUGAUUCGGCUGACGAAAAUGGAAUUUUGGAAAUAACAGUCCUCGAGGAAUACGUUCCAGUGGACAAAGAAUUCGUCAGACAACCAAUUGAUGUACCCGCUCGUGAGGAAGUCAUUAUCUGCUGGUGGAUUUCCCCUCAUCAAUUCUACACCCAUUUAAAAUCUAAAACCCAAGAAUUUGAAAAGCUUAUGAAAAAUAUUCAAGAACACUAUCGCAACAAGCCAAUCAAGCAAAUUCCGUUGAAAGUUGGUGCCAAUGUUAUUGCUCGUUACCGCAAAGAUAAUAUUUUAUAUCGAGCUCGUGUCAUUGCUUGCAAUCAAAUGCUGCGCAAAUACAAGGUUAUUUUCGUUGAUUUUGGCAAUCAGUCUACAGUUGGUGAUCAAGAUAUAUUUCAAGUGGAAAAACGUUUUUCUGAUUUCCCUCAAAUGGCAUAUCUUUGCUGUUUCGAUAAUAUCGUUUGUAAUUAUGAGAACACACAGAUUAUUGAAUGCAUGGAACAGUACUUACCAGUUGGAGCUGGUCUUCAAUGCGAGUAUUUGGAACGCGAAGAGGACAUGUAUUAUGUGAAUAUAAAUGUAAAUGGAGUGUCUUUGAAGCAUUCAAUAGUAAAAGAUGGUUUACUUGCAGAAAUAAGCCCAGAUAUUCGCUUGGAACUUUUGUCAGGACAACAAAUUCGUGCCAAAAUAACUUCCAUCAAUUCAAUGCUCAAUUUUAAAAUUCAAAUCGAAGGCUGUGAUGUGAAUCUUUUAAGUUCCUACGAUGAUGUUCGAUUUGUUAAAUCAAAUCCGGACACAGCAAGGAAAUUUAAAGAAUUCUAUGAAGGAAAAUCCUGUGUGCUCAAUAUAUCACAUUUGACUGAUGACAAAGUUAUAGUUCUUCGACCGUUGCUUCCAUUACUUCAAGACGACAUAUCGACAAUCUACAUUUGCCCAAUUCCAUUGAUUUGGGAGAAAUUUAAUAUACGUGUUGUAUACGUAAGCUCCGUACACCGGCUUUACGGACAUCUUAUCACAACUGAAGCUGAAAUUGCUCAACUUCUCGAUGACUUAUUUAGUUACUAUGAACAUAAUGGUGACCCUAUUGAUAAAUACCCAAUUGACAACAUGUGUGCCGUUAAAUCCGAAGACGGCAAUUGGUAUCGUGCUAGGAUUUUAUAUAAAAAAUCUGGCGAUAUUAUCAAUGUCCAUUACGUGGACUACGGCAAUAACGAACUAAUCGACAAUACUACGAAAACGAAAAUCAAACGACUCGAACCACAAUUCUACACAAACAACGGAGGAGGACCCAGUGCCUAUGGCAUUGAAUUAAAUCUACCAUUGCGUAGCUUGCAAGACAACAAACAGCAAGCUUUGAUAGAUGAAAUUAAAAAUCUAACAGAAAACCUCGAACUGACGGUGAAAGUGAUCGAGAUGCGACAAAAUCGACUUAUUGGUGACUUAUGCUCUGGUGAUCAGAAUAUUGUGACGAUAUUGAAAGAGAAGGGCUUGACUCGCGGCAGAGAUGUAAAUUAUAUUCGAGGUGUAAUCGACAAAGAACAACCCAAAGUUUUUGAAUACAUUGAAACUGUUGAUUUGACUCUAGAAACUGAUGAGGAAGUUACACUGGUCGCUAGUCCCGAUACAACUAUGAGAGACAAAUUGAGCCAUAAUGAACAACUGGUUAAGAUUGAAAAAGUUGUAGCCAAGGCAAAGGCUUUUGCUGGUUCACCACGUAAAGAAAAACAAACGACGGAAAAAGUUGCAAUUGUUCCGGCAGAGUCUACAACACCAACAAUUGAAGCACCACCGGUGGUUGUAGAAAUCGCAGAACCCGCUGAAGAUCCCUUCAAAAACAUGGAAUCUGGAAUGCUCAGCCACUGCGACAAUCCUGGAAGGUUCUUCAUCCAUCACGACAGCAAGUUGGAUGAGUUACAUAAAUUGCAGGAAAAUCUCCAGAUUAUUGCAAGUUCAUUGCCUCCAUUGAUGAGGAUCCUUAAAGGAGCAAAUUGUAUUUCUUUGUACUCAGUGGAUCAUCAAUGGUAUCGAGCCAAAAUCAUGGACAGCGAACUUAUGGUGGUGCAAUUCAUUGACUACGGUAACACUGACGCUCUCACAGACACUACUGACAUCAAGGAGAUGAGUGUCUUCCCCGACAUUGAAUCGCUAUGCAUCCCUUGCGCUCUUCCAAUAAAACCCAAAGGAACUGCUGACUGGGUUGAUGCCGCCAAUGCAUUCUUUAACGUCUCCUACAACAAAACUAUUCAUUUCGAGUACAUAACCAAAAGUCCCACAAAGAACUUUAUCCGUCUCUUCAUAGAUGGCGUUGAUGUUGCUAAUAAGCUGAUCGAAGAUGGCUUUGCUAAGCCUCUGGAAAUGGUGCGUUCAGGUGAAACAUGCUUCGUCAGCCAUGUGAACAACUUGUCUGACUUCUACAUUCAAAUGGAGCAGGAUGCCAAAGGUUUGGAACUCAUCGAAUCCUAUUUGGCGGACAAUGAGCAGCUUCCAGUGAUUGAAACCUUUACCCAUGGUCUUAUCUGUGCAGCGUUAUUCCCCGACGAUGACAACUGGUACCGUGCCAAGUUAAUGGCAAAGAGAGACAACGGCUUUGAAGUACUGUUUAUCGACUACGGAAAUACAGCUAUAAGUCCAAAGGUUAAGGAAAUCUCACAAGACAUUGCUGAUUUGCCAUUUUUGUCUAAGAAAUGCGCUUUGCAAUUGCCAGAAGACUUGUUGUGCUGGUCAGAUGCAGCAGAAGAAAAGUUCUCCGAUAUCUCGGCUCUGGGCGAAACGGUGUUCGUUGUGGAACUCAAAGAACCAAGUGAUCAUGCUAUUGUGCAUUUGUCAGUUGAUGGCAGGAAUAUUAUUGAAGACCUCGAACCACUUUGCCAGAGGAAACCAUGCUCCGAAGAGAUAAACACAAGUUUCUACACCACAAUGCAAACAUCAAUGAGUGAGAGUUACAGGAAUGGCGUCAGAGAUGCCACCAUAAGUCACUCCAAUUCACCAUGUGAUUUCUACAUACAAUUCAACUCGGACGGCCAUAAAUUAGAUGACAUGACCACAACCCUCAAUGAGAUUGGCAUGAGUAAAUUGGAUAAUCCAGAAGUUGGAAUGCUCUGUGCAGCAGUGUUCCCUGACGAUGGGGCACUUUAUCGAUCCAAGAUUUUAGAGAAUUGCGGAGAGAAUGGUUACCGGGUGGUGUUCAUUGAUUUUGGCAACGAAUCAUUGACUCAAGAUCUUCGUGUGCUUCCAGACGAUUUGCGAUGCAUUAAGGCUUUUUCCAAACAUUGCUCCUUGGAAAAUGCAUCGAAGUUCUCCAAUAUCUCCGCAUCAGUUGAAGUCUUUACAGUUUUGAUUGAUGAAUGUGGUGGCAUUGUAAAAAUAGACAUUGUAAAUGAUGAAUGUACUCCAGCUAUUGUUAAAAUGUAUGCUAAUGACGAAAAUAUUUGCGAGAAACUCAACCGAUUACUGGGAAUUGAAGGCAAUGCUGAGGAGUCAGCUGUAAAAGAUGCACUAGUCAGUCAUGUAAUCUCGCCGAACGAGUUUUACAUACAAUUAAAGUAUGAAAGAGUAGAGUUGGAGAGGAUCUCUAAGGAUUUAGAGAAAGCUGGCGAUUCAGCGAAACUGGAGAAUCCCAAAGCAGGUGAUUUGUGUACUGUUUUCUGCAAAGACGAUGAGGUAUAUAAUCGUGGAAAAGUCAUAAGGAAUGUUUCUGGCGCCGACUAUGAAGUGUUUUUGAUUGAUUUUGGAAAUACCGUCGUAGCUGAUGAUUUGAGGGUGAUUUCUCAAGAAUUGAAAGAUCUUCAAGGCAUUGCAAGAAAGUGUCGCCUACACGAGAUACCAGAGGGCGAUGAAAUUGCUUUAAAGGAACAGUUUACCUCGAUUUUAGAAGGUUACUUUGGAGACAUUUUCCAAGUUGAAGCGAUGUCCAAUGACGAUGAGUUUAUAUCUGUCAACUUGUCAAUAAGGGACAAGAAUAUAUCGGAAGCACUCAAGGUUGCAUUAGAAAAUGGCAAGACAGAAAUAGAACCUGUAUCUUUGGAUGAAUGUCGCAAGUGUACUGUGAUUCAUGUCACUUCCCCCAAUGAUUUCUACAUCCAAUUCAACGAUGAUGGACCACAAGUUGAAAAAAUCACAGAAAGUCUUAUGGAUGCAUAUAAUUUCGAACCAUUCGAAGAUGUCCAAGUAGGAGCUAUAUGUAUAGCUCAAUUCCCAGACGAUGAAGCCUUUUAUAGGGCAAAAAUUCUUUCCGUUCAUGAUAAAGACUGUGAGGUAAUUUACCUCGAUUUUGGCAAUACAGCUGUUACGGAUCAGCUUCGUAAAAUACCCGAUGAAAUGCGCAAUAUUGAGCCAGCUGGAAAACACUGUGCUCUGGAAAAACCACCCGGCGUGGAUUUCUGGUCGGAUGAGAUAAGCUACCGCUUCAGUGAACUUAUUGAUUCACGUUUCAGUGAAACAUUCCAAGUUGAGGUACUACGGAAAUCCACAGAUCCUCAAUUAGUCAGGUUGUUCUAUCAGGAGACAAAUAUAUUAACUGAGAUUUUAAAUAAGCCCUCCAGCAAGGGCAACAGUGUGGAUGAUAAUAAUUCCAAGGAUGGAGAAGAGACUAUUCAGUGAAUAGCAACAACAGGCUGGGACUCAUAAAUCGAACAGCAAAUACAAAACUGUUUUUACUAUGAAAUUAUAAAACAGAGUAUGCAGGUGGUUUGCUGUGAUUAAAAAAUUGUGUUGCCAUCGGCGUCGGUGUCGUCGUCGAUCGCCGCACUUACUCUCGAUCACUUUUAUUGUCUUCAAAAUACAUAAAUCAAAACGGACGUAGAAUGUGUCCUUUUCUUCUGUUUCUGUUUAUAUUAUUAUUAUUAUUAUUUUUUCUUUUUAUAACGAAAAUAGUUGUUAUCUUGUUAAUUUUUUUAUUUUCUUUUUUUUUUAAUGUGAGCAAAUUCGAGGCGCCAUGUGAAUGUUAAACGGCGGCAACUAUUUAUUUUUUAAGUGAGGUGUUGGCGUUAAAGCGAUAAUUGGUGCUAACAACAUCCUCACUGUGUUACAUUAAUUUUUAUUUAUUAUUUAAUCGAGAGAAAAUCUUUUUUUCUAGUUUAUGAAGAUUUAAUUUUUUUAUACAAAAAAAAAAAAAAUUAUAUGUAAUGAUAUCGAAAUGAAAU